AAACCCAAUAAUAAUAACAAGAAGAGAGAGAGAGAGAGAGAGAGGAAAGGAAAAACUUUUGCCCUCUUUCUCUUUCUAUUUCUCUCUAUCCAUUUCCAUUGUGAGUCUUGAGAUGCCAAACCCAUGUCGGAUCCUCCGACAACAUCAUCGGAGCCACCACACCACCACCACCAACAACAUCUUCCGCGUUUACCCGUAAUCCACAGCGGAGCAACCGGCGGUACCCGAAUGAACACGGCGGCAGCAACUUCAUCUUCAGCGGUAAUAGUCCGAGAGUACCGAAAAGGAAACUGGACUCUCCAAGAAACAAUGAUUCUAAUAACGGCGAAGAAGUUGGACGACGAGCGGCGGAACAAGGCGAACUUAGGUCCUAGCACGGUGGAUCCGGCGGCGAGGAAGGGCGGAGAGCUCCGGUGGAAGUGGGUGGAAAAUUACUGCUGGAGCCACGGUUGUCAACGGAGCCAAAAUCAGUGCAAUGACAAGUGGGAUAAUCUCCUCCGCGACUAUAAAAAAGUGCGGGAGUAUGAAUCCCGCGCGUGUGAUCAACAAAUUCCUUCUUACUGGAAAAUGGAGAAACAUGAGCGAAAAGACAAGAAUCUCCCUUCGAAUAUGGCGUUUGAAGUUUAUCAAGCUUUAAACGACGUCGUUCAGAGGAAGUUCUCUCAAAAACCUUCUAAUUCCUCUAACACUGGCAUUCUCCUUCUUCCUCUUCCUGCUCCGCCUCCUUCCGCUCUUCUCCCGCCCCCCACCGCCACUAACUCUCCGCAGCUUUCAGAGUCGUCGUCAUCAGGAACAGAGUCAAGCGAGAAGAAAGAGAAGGUGGAGGCAAAGAGAAGGAAAAUGGAAGAUAAUAUUGGAAGAAGAAUUGAGAGAAGCGUUUCAGCGUUGGGUCAAACGCUCCACAGUUGCGAGGAGCAAAGAGAAAUUCGACACCAACAACUUAUGGAACUUCGAAAACGCCGCCUUCAAAUUGAGGAGACCCGAAAUCAUAUUCACCGCCAAGGCAUCGCCGACCUCGUCGCCGCCGUCGCCAACCUCUCCGCUGCUUCUUCAAGCUCACUUCUUUGUUCUUCAAUCUUUGAUUGCAAGCACUCAAGGCUAGCUCUUAGUUCGCAAAUCUCCCUAGAUUGUAUUUCUAGCAAAUAUGAAGACAAAGAACUGCCACCAUUUUUCGGAACUUGGCUUGGGACCCAAUCAUGACCUUUUGAGUAGCUUGGUCGUCUAUCCAAAACGGUUCACAUAUCUCAUCCUUUGAGAGUGGUUAAGAAUCUUCUGAUGUGGGUUGGACUGGAGUUCCAACAUUUGAUUUUGCACCCAAAGUGUUCAGUUAAUUAUGUGAACUCACAAUUAAAAGUAGAAAAUAAAUCAAAAGGUUCUCAUAAACUUACACUCUCAUCUGCGGCCGCCUGUGAAACGAAUUGGCCACUCCUAUUGGUGUGUGUUUGUUUGAACAGCUGCACACAGUCCACUAGUUGACCUAGUUUUUUAGUGAGCUCAUGUUGUCGUUGUAGGAACGACUUGGACCCGCUGCUAUGGUUGUAAGGCUAUUUCGCUCUAGCAUCCUUGUUGGUCCUUGAUUGCUUCUACAUUCAAACAAUAAAAAUGAUACAUACAAAAAAAGAAAAAAAAAUAACAUUAUGGAA